UUGGAUGUUUGAUGAUUAUGCUGAAUUGAGGCCAUUGAAGGAAGUUGCUCAGUUACUGGCUCAGUACUCGAACUGGGGUCCGUUGUAUGAUGUUGAGCAGUUGGGUAAAAAUAACGUACCGGUUGCAGGAGCGAGGAUAUGUAAGUAG